AUGCUGAGGUCGACUCGGGCUGGCGAAGGAGGUCCUCCCCAGUUUCGAGAACGAGCGCGCGAUGAUGGAGCAAGUCGCGGGCGCUGGAGGAGCCCCGCGAGUCCUCGCCUUCUGCCCGGAAACCCCGGCUCUCGUCAUGACGUUCUGGCGACGGACCUUAUAGACAUCGUGCAGAAGCUGCUUUUCCGUGACGAGCGGGAUCUCCUGACGAUCGCCCUCCAACUGACCCAAGCCGUCCGGGAGCUGCACCAGAAGGGCGUCGUCCACUGCGACUUGAAGCCCGAUAACGUCGUCGUGCAGAUGGACGACGAAGGACGACCUCAGACGGUGCAUGUGAUUGACUUCGGCCUCGCACGACCCUUCGGUGGCAAGCACAAGCCGAGGAAGACCCUACGCCCCAAGGAAUGGUACUGCAGAUGCUACUACUCGGGAGACGAACUCUGCCUCAAGUGCGACAUGCCAGGGCUUGGCUCUACCAUCGCCUACCUGAUGGAGGUCAUGCACAAAAUCCCAAAGGAGCGUAGGGAGAUCCUAGCCAUGACCUCAGAACCUGACCAUGACCAACGCCCUGGGACUGAGCACCCUUCUGCAGCGCCUUCUCUGACAGCCACAGAGACCUGA